CUGAAAUGAAGAGAUUCAGCACCACAAACGUCAUGAAAAUGAUGCAGGAUCCAAUUAAGAAGGAGCCUAAAAUCGGAUUGUAGUCCAAGAUCUGUAGAAUUAAUAAGAUACUGGAUAUCAAAACGCAAUUGCACAAGUCUCUUUGAAAGAAACUCCAUCAAAGCUGUGUCACCCCUCUUGGAAUUAGAAACAAAAAGUCUGGUUUUACUACGAUAGCAAUGCACAAAAGUGUGUGUCAGAUUCAUUACUUCAAUAAGAGGAUUCAGUAGCCUCUCCUAACACUCAGAAGGGCAGUCUGCAGAUUUUCAACUGUAUUCAGGAGCUGGUGGGACACCAAACUCUGGACAAGGAUUGGAGGAGGGAACGUUUAACAAAGCUGCCCAGAAUCAACUAUUCCAUUCAGUGGCUUCAAUAACAUGGUGAAAAUCUUACACUACAGAAAACCGUCUGUUCUUCAUACAGACAGCACAGCCUCCCCGAGCUUAUGAUGUUCUGGAAAAUACUAUAUGCUGCUUUCCAAAUGGAGACAAAGGCUGUCCUGAUGAUUUCCUAAGUUGAAGAGAAGUCAACAGACACAGGGUAAAGAUGAGAAGAGCAAUACAUAUGUAUAACAAGAGUCUGAGCAGUCACCCGUAGCAGAACUAGUGUUUUCAAUAAAAUGAGUGUGGAUAUUUAUAAAUGAUCAAUUAGACUUAAGAAUGGAUGUUAAAACAUUUUGGGAACAACAGUGAUUUAGCAGAAAAAAAUCGGAUUUUAGGGUAACCUCAUAUAAAAUUGCAUAAUAUAUGAUUGUGCAAAGAGUCUUUUUAUCCUUCAUGUUCAAUGGAGCCUGUGAUUUCCUCUGCAAUCACAUGCUUUAUACUGAAAUAAUUCUUUUCUAGAGGAUUUUAAAACUAACAACACUGAACUCAGUUAAGUACCUUAUCUUGAAAGAAAUGCAUGAAGUUAAAAAUCCCCCUUCUUCUUAAUUAUUCCUGCCAUACUUUUGCAGAGACUUCAACGAGCUGAUAACGAGGUGGAAUCAGGUCAUGUAUGGGAGAAUGUGUAAUAGUGUCUAUUUGCAAAAAGGUGUUUAGUUCAAACGUGCACCACUCACUCUGGAACUGCUUGUACCUAAAGGAAAAAACUCAUCACUGUUCAGUGGUGAUAUUUUGUGAGUUAAUAGAAUAGCCCAGUUUAAAUUUCACAGAAUGGAAAGAAACUGAUGACACUCCAACUGUUUAUCACUCCCAAGAAGACAAAUUCGGAACGUGCUGAAGGUGAUGUUUCAGUUUCAUUUUACCUGACUCCUUUGGUACGCCUGGCUAUUUGAAUUAGCUUCACACGGAGCAAACAGGAAAGAGCUGUUCUUAGCCCAGAGAGGACGGGACUGCUACGCCUGCAGGAGCAGCUGGGUAAGGGACACAGGAGCUGUUCAGUUACGUGAGCGAUGGAGACGAUAUUUAACAGAAACAAAGAAGAACAUCCAGAGCCCAUAAAAGCUGAGGUGCAAGGUCAGUUGCCCACUUGGUUGCAAGGGGUACUUCUCCGAAAUGGCCCAGGGAUGCACACAAUAGGGGACACUAAAUAUAACCACUGGUUUGAUGGCUUGGCUCUGCUGCACAGCUUCACAUUUAAGAAUGGUGAAGUUUACUACAGAAGUAAGUAUCUCCGAAGUGACACAUACAACUGCAAUAUAGAAGCAAACAGAAUCGUGGUGUCUGAGUUUGGAACCAUGGCUUAUCCGGAUCCAUGCAAAAACAUAUUUGCCAAGGCGUUCUCAUACUUAUCUCACACCAUUCCCGAGUUCACGGACAACUGCCUGAUCAACAUUAUGAAAACUGGGGAUGAUUAUUAUGCUACCAGCGAGACUAAUUUCAUCAGAAAAAUUAAUCCACAGACUCUGGAGACACUAGAAAAGGUAGACUACAGCAAAUACGUAGCUGUAAACUUGGCCACUUCUCACCCACACUAUGACAGUGCUGGAAAUAUUCUCAACAUGGGUACUUCAAUUGUUGAUAAAGGGAGAACAAAAUACGUUCUCUUUAAGAUCCCUUCCUCUGUACCAGAAAAAGAAAAGAAGAAAUCUUGUUUUAAACACCUGGAAGUAGUAUGCUCCAUUCCUUCUCGCUCUCUGCUCCAACCAAGCUACUACCACAGCUUUGGAAUCACAGAAAAUUAUAUUGUGUUCAUAGAACAGCCAUUCAAACUGGAUAUUGUCAAACUGGCAACUGCAUACAUCCGAGGGGUGAACUGGGCUUCCUGCCUUUCCUUUCACAAGGAGGAUAAGACGUGGUUUCACUUUAUAGACAGAAAGACGAAAAAAGAAGUAUCCACCAAGUUUUACUCUGAUGCUAUGGUGCUUUAUCACCACAUAAAUGCUUAUGAAGAAGACGGCCACAUUGUUUUUGAUAUCGUUGCCUACAGAGACAAUAGCUUGUAUGAUAUGUUUUACUUAAAAAAACUGAACAAGGACUUUGAAGAGAACAACAAGCUUACCUCCAUCCCAGCCUGCAAGCGGUUUGUUGUUCCUCUGCAGUAUGACAAGGAUGCAGAAUUAGGUUCUAAUUUAGUCAAACUUCCAACUUCCGCAACUGCUGUAAAAGAGAAAGAUGGCAACAUCUAUUGCCAACCUGAAAUAUUAUGUGAAGGGAUAGAACUGCCUCGCAUCAACUAUGACUAUAAUGGCAAAAAAUACAAAUACGUCUAUGCAACAGAAGUCCAGUGGAGUCCAGUUCCUACAAAGAUUGCAAAACUGAACGUCCAAACAAAGGAAAUUCUGCACUGGGGAGAAGACCACUGCUGGCCCUCGGAGCCCAUCUUCGUUCCCAGCCCCGACGCAAGAGACGAGGAUGAAGGCAUUGUUUUGACCUGUGUUGUGACGUCUGAGCCAAAUAAAGCACCCUUCCUACUCCUCUUAGAUGCUAAAACAUUCAAAGAAUUGGGCCGAGCCACAGUUGAUGUAGAAAUGCAUCUGGACCUGCAUGGAAUGUAUAUACCACAGAACGACUUGGAGGCUGAGACUGAGUAAAACGCUAUUUAUCCAUGACACAAACUGAGACAACUUUCUACUGAACGUGGGAAAAUAUCCCUUUUAUCAUUCAAGAACAACCAUAUUAUGACACAAAAUGACUACAUAUAAUCCUUAAAUAAUCUAUAUAAUCUUUCUAAGACACAGCAAUGACUUUUACUGCAGAUAUCCUGCAUAUAACUAUUCCAAAAGAAGAAUGGUCAGUGUUUUAAAAGUGCUAAUGUUGUACAGAACUGUGGUAGAGGGAAGAGGAGAGAAAGGUAACAGGAAUAUUUAAGUAGAAUAUAGAUUUCCAAGCAAAUGAAGUACAGUAUUUAUAGUGUGAUGCAUGGCAUGAGUCACAUACAUCUGCAGCUCAUGUAACUUUCAUAGAUCAUUUCAAGAUUGCAGCUCGUGAUGCAAGUUUUCUCCAGCCAGAGAACCUCAUUUUAAACUAUCUGCUUCUUUACUGGUAAUUCAUACCAAUGCAUUUUCUUGGUGCUUGACUUCUUAAACUCCACUGUAACCAAAGUAUUACAUUCAGGUGCUACAACUUUCUAAUUUAAAACCUAAACAAAUGAGCAAACAAAACUUGCUUUGUGAAUAAUCCCGUGGUGUAUUUUUCCUUUUUAUGAUGACAAAACCAAGUAACUUGAACAGAUGGUUUUAUGUAGCAUUCAAUUAUACUUCAGUGCUAUUCUAUCCUAGUGUUAUAAGCAGUUUGUAUAUAAAUCAGUUUUCUUUGAGAAUA